AUGAGUGACCCACCUGAUGUCAUAGCGGCAACGCGGAACUCACUGGAUGUACUCAGUGAUAUUUUCAGAAACGAGGAUGCAUCGCUAAUCAUACAGACGUACCCCCUCGAGGUAAUCAAACGCGUUGUAAACGAAAUAACAAUGUUCCUCGCGGAGUUCACGCACCAUGCCAGGGAAUACAGGGAUGGGCUCACGUUCUCGCCACAUGACACAAAAAAACUUUUCAAGUAUAAACUACUCAUGGACUACUAUGCACUCUGCUAUAUGGAGGCAUCCAAAAAUUUUUACCUCUACAAUACACAUCGGAUAAAUAGGGUCAAGGAGAUGGCGGUAACUUAUAACGGUCUCUACGAUGUCAUACCUAUGAACAUCAUUGAACGACUCUCUGAUCAGGAGGCGGCAUACCUCAGAGACACGUGCAAUGCUAUCAUCAAAACUCCAAUGCCAUACAGAGCGAAAAGCUACAGCAUUGUCGCAGUUUUGAAGGAUAUCGUCACAGACGACAUCGCCGACAGAAGCAAUCCCUUCAUGCGCUAUUACGCUAAGGGGACAAAACUUACUGUACCAACCGAUCUAGCUGAACUUUUGGUACACUCCAGCUGGAUCAAAAUUAUCAAGAUGAAGUUAUAA